AUGGAAAAGAUCAAUCUUCUGAGUUAUGAACUUGAGAAUUUGACCUUAAGUGACAUGCGUGACUUGGAUGAAGCUAUCAUUGAUACUCCUAAUUUACGUCCGUUCAAGCUAAUAAAUAUGGAAAAAGUUCCAAGCUGGUGUCCUGUAGUUGGUUCAAGGCUAAUGGAAGUUGAGAUUGGAUUGAAGAAUGCUCGAACAACCAAUAGCUUGCUUGAGUUGAGAGUUACUCUCUUUGCUCGUACCAAGAUUUUGGCACACGCAUUUGCACCUCCAACAGGGUUUUUCCACUUAGACGGCGAGGAGAAUUGGGUGGUUGACGGUGAGUAUUUGAAAGAAGGGAUGGUGGAUCUUGAAUCAGUUGCGGUUCAUGAAAUCGGGCACUUAUUGGGUUUGGAUCAUUCGUCCGAAAAAGAAGCAAUUAUGUUCCCAACAAUUGAGGAUGGAACGAGGAAAGUGGAGUUAUCAAGAGAUGAUAUUGAAGGGGUACAAAUGUUAUACGGGUCAAACCCAAAUUAUAAUGGGUCAAGUACUGUUUACACACACCGUCAAGAGAAUGAUAUUGGUGGAUACUCCACUUUUGGUUCAUUUUGCCCACAUUGGAUUAUUGGAUUUUUCUUAGCAUUGUUGCUUUCGAUUUCUAUUUAG